CUUUGCAUGUCUCUUGCGUGCAUUGACUGUGCCCACAGUCGAGAGACUUUCCAAAUGACAGUGCUGAGAAGGUGACAGCAGUAUUCCUGUGCUGAGGACAACUCAGAAAAAAACAUGAAGUAUUUUUUAUCAGAGCUUUCAGAGAUUUUCAGCUUCAGAAAGUUGAAAAAUUAUGUACUGUUUCUGGCUUUGAGUGUGCUGAUCCUCGUCGUCUAUUUGGCUUUCUUUGGCAAUCAUAUGGAGCGAAAUGACUUCGUAAACAAUGGGCUCAAAGAAAGUCACCAGCAACACCAGUUUUUCGACGAUGAGGUGACAUCUACCGACUUACAGUUCAUUAAGCAGGAUUUUAAAGAAGGAGAUAAAGAGAGUCUGCCGCCUUGGAGACCAGAGUAUCGAGGAAGAGUGAACAUGCAUGUGUUCGAAGACUGGUGUGCAACUUCCAUAUUACAGCUGAGGAAGAAUGUGCUGUACCCUCUGUAUCCACAUGUCCGGACCACAAUAAAGAAGCUUGCAAUAUAUCCCAAAUGGACAAACUAUGGAGUGAGGAUCUUUGGCUAUAUUCACCCAAACAUCAGUGGCGAGUACAGUUUUGCGAUUUCCUCUGAUAAGAACUCUGAGUUCUGGCUAAGUCCAAAUGAAUUAACCCAAGGCCUCAGACUUCAGGCAUAUGUUGGAAAAACAGGAGUGGAAUGGGCAGGUCCAGGAGAAUAUGACAAAUUUGCAUCACAGAUAUCUAAGCCUGUAAAGCUGUUGAAACACAAGAAGUAUUUCUUUGAAGUCCUCCUCCAGCACAAUGAAGGGAUAGACCAUGUGGAAGUAGCAUGGCGUCUGAACCAGAGAAACAGCAUCUUUACUGUUAUUACCUCCGAGUAUCUGUCUCUCUAUGUCAAUGAAACCUCUGUCCUGGCGGGGGACACGGAUUACAUCCCCCAAACGGCAGCCAGUCAUGAGAUGCAUCCUGACCUCAUCUACACGCAGCGUGACCCUGUAGUGGACAUGGUCAGAGAAGACCCACGGGACCACAUCUUCAAAAUACCACUGAUGAAUGAUUCCUAUUUGAAAGACGUCUUUCCUCAAUGCAAAUACAAGCCCAUUAAUGUAUUUGAUGGAGCACAAAUGCAAAGAUUUCAUGGUAUAUACUAUGUUCACUACUCUAGAGUGUACCCUAAUGACCACACAAGACAGACUCAUUCAGCCGUUGAUGAGAUGUGUUUCUACAACCAAGACAAAGUAUUUAAAGACGGAGGCGGCUUUGUCCAGUUUCUGAAAACUGAGGACGCAGAGGAAAAGCCUGAUCCAAACUGGGAGCGACUCGUCAAUGUAAAUCCCACGGACUUCAACUUAAAUCAGCCCACUGCUGUCACCGGUACUUGCAAGAGGGCUGGAAAUGCUGUACUGAGUGAAAAAGACGUGAUGUCUGUAGUUGACACUGUCAUGAACAAACUGCAGUUAACAGAGCACACCAGUGAAUUAGUCCUGAAGCAUAUAGUGAACGUGGAGAAGAGGGUGGAUGGUGAUGCAGGUGGUCGUUACCUGCUGGAGCUGGAGCUGGAGGACGGGCAAGGCCAGAACAUGCUGCUGUCUCGUUAUUUUUAUGUAACCACAAAUAAGGAGGACAGUCCAAAAUCACCAGAGCCAGUUUCUCUCUGUAGCCCAGAAGACUUUUCCUGGAACCCAGCAGCCAGAGUCAAUGUCAUUCUGCCAGUGAAAAACCAGGGCAGAUGGGUCAUUCAGUUCAUCAGACAAAUGGAGAAAGUGUACAGAGUAACAAGAGAUGAAAACUUCAAUGUCAUCAUCAUUGAUUACAGCAGUGAAGAUGUUGACAUACAUAAGGCACUGAAAAAGGCAGAUCUACCAAGCUACCAGUACAAGAGGCUGGAAGGAACUUUCCUGAAAACAACAGCAGUUCAAACAGCAAUUGAACUUGUUGAGGACAUGAACAGCAUUUUGUUCACGUGUGACCUACAUCUCAAUUUUCCAGUAUCAAUAAUUCACAUGGUGCGUAAACACUGUGUACAAGGGAAAAUGAUUUUUGCCCCUGCUUUGAUGAGACUGGACUGCGGAGUCUCAGCACAUGAUCCCUCAGGUUUCUGGGAAAUUGAUGGUUAUGGUCUCAUAGGAAUCUAUAAGUCAGAUAUGGACCGAAUUGGUGGUAUGAAUACUAAAGACUUCAAAGACAAGUGGGGAGGAGAGGACUGGGAGUUGCUUGACAGAAUCCUAGAGAACAAGCUGGAGGUGGAGCGACUAAAUCUGAGGAAUUUUUUACACCACCACCAUUCAAAGCGGGGAAUGUGGAACAACUAGUUGAAUGAUGGACGUUGCUUACGCUUCCUGCUCAAGGAAGUCGUCUUAUGAAUUAUGGACAGUGCUUUUCUUUUAUUUAUUCUUUCUUCCUCCCUACUUUUUCUACUUUUCCUUGUCUUCUGUGAAAAUGUAAGUUUUAUAAAUGCCUUUUUUACCCCACCACCUCCCCCUUCACAGGAUGAUUUUUUUUUUUUAUUUUAACUAUAAGGCAUAGUUCACAAAAUUAUUAACGCUCUCCUGUAUAGAGAGAGGAUAUAUAUGAUACAGAAG